AUGAAAAAAAAUGUCUUGUUUACACUAACCUGCAUGAAUUCCAGAUAACAACAGUUCAACAAAGAACUGACUACCCAAGGAAGGCAGGUUACUUCUUUGUCUCUCCCACCAUCGAAAAUUCUUGGUUGAGCGACCUCACCAAUUUCCCGCCACAAGUCCUUACUCUUCAUUGAAAAUCGAGAUUUGUACUAAAAACGCCAUUUAGCUCCAUCGCUUCACCAAGACAACCGCCGCCAUGACGAACAAACUGCACUGAUGUCCGCCAAAACUGAAGUGGAUUUCAUAAUAUCGCGCCAAAUACAUUUUAUUGACUAAAUAAGGACUCGGGGUAUUAUGUUUCUGAUAACGAUGAUAGAUACACACCUUUCAUUCAGGAAGCGUGUUGAAAAAAUGAAUUAACGUCUAAUUGGAUUAUUAGUAGUCAACGCAUAUUUUCAAAGAUCCCUGUGGCGCAUUCCUGAACUGGCCUAAGCUCGUCAUGUCAGUCCCUUAAGUUGAGGAAGAUUCCUUUGGGUUUUGUCAUUGUUUUAGCUAUUGAUGGGUGCRGCAAUGAUAGGCCUAAUAAGGGUGUGUAUAGGGAUUGUCCCUCCUUGGGUUGUUUUAAGAUACACUGUGGUUGCAUCAUGAUCCUCAUCAGGGGUUGYGUUCCCACCAAAGGUAGAUCGAGAGAUGUUUUCUUGCCCUUCUAUCUUAAGAUUUAAGUGRUUCGCAAAUGUUGUGUUUAUAAAGGAUCAUUGGGAACCUUCAUCAAACAGAAUGUUUGCAGAGACGUCGCUGUUCCAUCCCUUGACAUAUGCUAUGACGGUUUUAAGAAGAAUACCGGUGCGUUUGGCGCCAGAAURCAACAACGAAACAGAUGACAAGUCAGUGUUCUUUAAUAAUAGUGAACUCGUAACAUUGUUGGCAUUUGGAACAGAUUUCUUAAGAUCUUGAGGGUUAGAAUUUGAUUCAUUACYCUGGMAAAGGCUGGUAUGGUGUUUGCAAUUGUUACAGAUUCACACUCUUGGGGGUUGUAUUGUCCCGCUUCUAGAAUUUCAACUUMAUUCAAUAGUGYCUUUGGCAAUUCUUCAAUUUGCCACUCCUUAUUCGCAUUUUGUCGGGCAARGUUUUUCUUUACUUCAUUGGGAAGUUUUCUCUGAAUUAUAGGCACGAGAAUAUCGCCGUAUAUACUAGAAGAUUUUCCUAGCRCAUCUAAACCACAUACGUGUGUUUCAGUGUUAUCAUAAAAUGAUCUUAAGCUUGAUAGGCGAUUUGUUGGCCCUGGUAGGUUURAGAGGGCCUCCAUAUGUGCAUUAAUAAUCUUAUUUGUUUGGCCAAAUCUUUCCUUUAGUAGCUUUACMCUUUUGGCAUAGGCCCGGGUCGCACUAGCGGAUAAAAAUAAUUUUUGAAGAAAAAUGUGACACCAAAAAUUUGAAACCCACAACGGAAGUUCAAAUAUUUUAUUAAGGUCGCACUAAAAAAUGUAAUAAAGGAUUAAACGUAAGCGGAAAUUUGAGCUCAAUCAUGUUUCGCGCGCUUUUUUUGACUCAACUUAGCGAUCAACAACAUGGAUGCAAAUCAAGCUUUCUGUUUCACUGUGGCUCUGAUGCUUUUUAUCAGUAUGAAUAUACAACARCAACAAAUGUUUGCAUUUUUCACUUUACAUCAAAGAUGGAUGACCAACCGUUUACUUGCUYGGUUGGCUCUCGCGAGAAUAAAUCGACGUCGUCUACGUAGAAUACGUGCUCAACMGUAUGCCUGGAUUCUUCCUCGACCAAAUGKUUCAUGGUUUGAAAUACAAUACAACAAUGCUAAUAUUCCCGAUGAUUACUUUMGACAGCAGUUACGAGUGAAUAGAAAUACAUUCAAUAUAAUACUCAAUAUACUUGAUGGAGGAUUAAACAGGCAGAACUCAAAAUUCAGAAAUUGUUUACGGCCUGAAAAAAUACUAGCUUUAGGACUAUACAGAUUAGCUCAUGGAAACUCGACGUAUUCUACUAUUGGUCCAGUUUUCAAUGUCGGAAAAUCUACUGUAAUUGAAGCAGUACAAGAUGUUGUGGAGGCCCUUUAUGAAAUUCGUCAGCAGCACAUAAAAUUACCCCAAACGGUCGCAGAAAUCGAGAAUGAAACGCAAAACUUCUCGGACUUGACCGAUUUACCAAACGUUGUUGUAACUAUUGACGGGUCACAUGUCCGAAUAAAAGCACCAAUUGAAGAUGCUGAUUAUUUUAGCAGAUAUCAGCAACAUGACUUCGUGAUUCAAGCAAUUUCAAACAGCAAAAAGUUAUUUCUCGAUUUUGCCURUGGAUUUCCUGGCAGUAUGCACGAUGCUAGAGUGCUUAGGCGAAGCAAUGUAUUUAACUUGGCAGAGCAAGGGAAUUUUCUUACUCUACCAACAGUUGAUAUCAAUGGUUACAAUGUCUAGUUGGAGAUAGUGCUUAUCCGCUUUGCCCUUGGCUUAUUAAACCAUACCCAGAGGGAAGAUGAGACCCAGCAGAGAUAAGAUUUAAUAAAGAGUUAUCCUCGGCACGUGUUGUUAUUGAGUGUGCGUUCGGCAUGCUUAAAAAUCGAUGGCGUAUUCUCCAAAACGUUUUG